AUGGUUUCGCUUGCAGAAUUACCAGUUGAAAUAAAAAGACUUAUUGUCAAAGAGCUUAAAACGACAGACUUAAAAAGGGUAUGCCUUGUAUCGAGAGAAUUCAGUUCGAUAGUUAUUCCAAUUUUAUAUUCCACAAUUCGACUAAAACCACAUCAUAAACACGGGAUCGAUCUUUAUCAAAAGGAGAACCUUUUCAACAGCGAGCGCCCCAAUCCCCACCUCAAACAUAUCCGAGAUCUCCAGGUGAUCCACCCUGAUGCGGGCAGAAAGAUCUGUCCAUCGACAAUAGAUUAUAUCAAUAAACGGGUGCAGCCUAGUUUGAGGGAGAACCAACUACACUCCUUGUCGCUCUGCUCAUCGCUUGACGCAGGGCCAGAUGUAUUACCAUUCCUCAUACGCAACAGAAAUUUACGAGCUCUCAGAUUGAACGUUCCACCGCCAUGCGCCUAUAAUAUCGAAUACUUCAACUAUCUCGGCCUACAUCACUACAACUUAAGAGCCCUCUCACUCCAAUUCCUAAAUACCAAUCCUUCGGAUAGACAAACAGAUUUUACGACUCUGAAUAAACUACUAUGCAAACUUCAAAACCUGCAUAGUCUUGAUCUUAAAUUCCGGGAACUUCAACACCGCCCAGUCCAAAAUCCACCGCUUUGGCCUGAUGCGGUCAGGUUGCUGGAUACUAUAUUCGCAAUGAAGUCUCUCCGCGAGUUAUCCCUCCUUGGAAAUGACAUCCCAAUUGGAUAUUGGGCUGAGGCCAAUCCUAGCAGAAGAGUUGGGAAAAACCUCACUUUGUUUAGGUCUGAAGCCGUAGACCGGGGUGAUGCUGAUCGCAAGUCGUGUGAUCGGGAUGAUUUAUUCUGGUUCAACGCUUUAGAUAUGUCCAAAGUCAAGCGCUUUCAACAUUGUUUGGGCGUUAUAUAUUUCGAAAAAUCGAUACCGGAUCAAGUUCCACGAUAUCUCAGCAGAAAUAAUAAUCUUCAAAGCAUAUUGGCGGAUUGCGAGCAGUUAGAAGAAUUUCGGUGUUGUAAUUUGCCACAGAUUCCAGACUUCGAUCCGUCAAACCACUGUUUUUUCAGAGUAAAGGAUACGUUAAGAAGAUUAAGGAUUUGCUCGAGUGAUUGGUACGGUAUGGAUGAUCUGCCCGGUUUUCUUACAGAAGAACAACAUCAGGAGAGGGAAAAGAGUAUCAUAUCUGAACUAAAUGCUUUGCAGAUUCUUGAGUUGACCGUGAAUUGGCCGAGAUGGUAUAUCUCAUCUAAAAGCAUACAACUCGUACAUAUACUCCGGGAGCCCAGAUACAAUCCUGCAGAUUUUGAUUCCGAUGAUGAAGAUGAAGAUGAAGAUGAUACCCUAGAUGCCCUCUUAAAGGUUCCGACCAGAGCUUUAUUCUUGCAAGCAAGGGCUCAGCAAUUCGCCAAAAUAACACAGCCAAAAUUCCUGCCUUCGCUAAAAGUCGUAGUAUUUAGCAAAACAAACCUAUUCCGCGAACACUGCCAUACAAGAAGAUUUGAAGGUAUACAAGGGGAUCGAGAGGAGUACUUGCCAUUAGCUUACUCGGUGGAGAUGGAGGGCGAAAGCGAUCUCCCUUAUGGCGUGGCAGAACCGCUUAGUUUCAAGGAGAUGGAAGAGCAAUUUCCUUGGUUAUACGAUGGAGUUUGGGAAGGAAAAUUUUGGGAUGGGUCUCGUGGAUAUCGCUUCUGGUAG